AUGAUUAAACAACAGCAACCACAACAACUUAAGGCACAAAGCACUCAGGUCCUUCAGACCAUUACAUACGCCAUAUAUGCAUAUAAUUCGAAGACGGCAGAACAAACGCAAAGGUUGAAAUAUGGAGAUUUGGAGAUAGUAUUGAAAAAUGACCAUUUCGAAUUCGUUUGCAAAGGUGGUGCAGUGAUAUCAAAUAUAAAAGAAAUUUUAUUUCUGAAUUCAAAAAUUAAAGGAAUAACGGAUGAUAUAACAUCAAUUCCACCAGAAGAACAGAGAUAUUACGCAUUAAAUGCAUUUCCUAAAGUUUUGA